GGGAGGGCGGUGCUGCUGACUCGCUAACGCGCAUGUCCUCUGGGGGCCACACGUGGUUUGUGUAAACCACGCACGCAGACUCAAUCAGCGGUUCAGAAAUGGCGGCCGAUGGUGGCAGCUCUUCGCUGCAGCUACCUUGCGUUUUUUCACCCAAAUCACGACAGUACUUAGCAUUGUGUGCCCAAGAUGGCAGACUUCGCGUUUGGAACACAGAUAGUAAAACACUUCACCAAGAAUAUGUGCCUUCAGCCCAUUUGAGUGCCACUUGUAUCUGCAUAGCCUGGGGACCAUGCCGGACAGUCAAGGAGGGGCCUCAGAGGAAGAAGAGGAAAUCGGAGGCAGGGCAGGUGGAGGAGAAGGCAGACCUGUUGGCAAUGGGCACAGCAGCGGGCAGUGUGCUCAUCUACAGUACAGCAAAGGGAGCACUGCACUGUACCCUGGAUGGAGGCCAUAGUGGAGCAGUGAAUUGUGUCCAGUGGCACCCUGAAGACAGUUUAUUAUACAGCGGCUCAGAUGAUACAAACAUCAUAGAGUGGGACCUGCAAACAGGCAAGGCGCGAAGUAAGUGGAAGGCGGACCGUGCGGCAGUGACCAGUCUGUGUGUGAGCCCUGAUGGCAAACUGCUGCUUUCAGCUGGUCAGAUAAUCAAGAUGUGGGACUUGGACACCAAGGAGGUUUACAGGAAGUUCACAGGCCACUCCACGGCUGUGACGACCCUGCGCUUUGCCACCACACGACCUCCUGACAGCAAUGGUCUCUAUUUCCUGUCUGGUGCCGCACAUGAUCGACUGCUCAGUGUUUGGCAAGUACGAGAAGACGGGAAGGACAAAAAUUCAGUGGUGUCCUUCACGCUGACAGACGAGCCGCAGCACAUCGACCUCGUCACUUCCAACAGCAAGGAAGAGGCGGUGAGGCUGGCAGUGGUGUGUAAGGAUGGGCAACUGCAUCUGUUUGAGCACUUUUUAAAUGGUGUGCACAUACCUAAAACCAAAAUUGAUUCAAAAAGCCAACCAGCAGCAUCACAACUGAAAGGGCCCUGUAAGAAGCCCAUGUCACCGUCGUGUACAGUGCAGAUGUCGGACACAAAGGACUCCCCAGUGCCGGUCCCAAUGCUGGCUGCUGCCCUCGGAGCUGAUACACGGACUGUGCUGCUGGCCUACGGCAACCACCUACAGCCUGUCAUGGAGAAAGUGGAGAUCAACACAGCAGAGAGACACGUCUGUUUGACCCGGGAUGUUCAGACCAGCUUGGCCCUUUCCAUGGAAACCACCGUUUCCAAGGUGAAAACCCCAAUUGUCAACACCAAGAGCAAAGUGUUGGUCCCAGGGCUUCCUGGUCACCAAGCCCCAGUCAAGGGAACCUCACAGGGAUCAGAGAAGAGGAAAAAAGACACAGACACCAAAGAGAUGUCGAUAGCGGAACGACUAGGUGAAAUCGAUCUGUCUACAGUCUCCGAGAAGGGAGCUCCUAAAGGGACGGCUUCUUUACAGACAGACAAUUUUGCAGUGCUGCUGGUGCAGGGCCUGGAGAGCAACGACGCAAACAUCCUAAAUAAAGUUUUCCAGACUCGCAAAGAAAUGGUGAUAAAGAAAACAGUCGCUCGGUUACCUCUCCCUGCUGUUUUACCUUUGGUGGAAGAGAUCACAAAGAGGCUCCAAGGGCACCCUUUUACGGCAGUUUUAAUGGUACGGUGGCUCAAGGCUGUGCUCAUGCACCACACAUCAUACCUGGCAUCGCUGCCAGACCUGGUCACCCAGCUGGGAGUGCUUUAUCACAUGAUAGAGAGCAGAGUGAAGAUGUUCCACAAGCUAACAAAGCUGCAUGGGAAACUGUAUCUCCUGAUGACACAGGUGGCGACAAGUGACAGCAGCAACACAGUUACAGAUGUUGACCACACAGCUAAGCUGGUGUAUGAAGAAGAAUCAUCUGAAGAUGAGGCCUCUGGUGAUGAAGGUCUUCCUGAUGCUGACGACUCUGAUAACUGGGAAGAGGAGGAUGUGAUAGAGGAGACAAUGGAAGAAGACAAGGAGGAACAAGCAGAAGAGGAGGAUCCAGACAACAGAACAGAUUCCAAAGCUAACGGAGAGGAAGAAAUGGAGCGCGGAAACGAGAGCGAAGAGGAAUGAGAGCGAAUGAGGAGAAAUGCCAAUCAUACAUAAAAUGGACCUGAAAGAGUUAUAUAUACUUUCAUUUUAUUUUCAUGCUUUUGAUUUUAUUAUCAGAACAAAGUUUGGUUUUACAAAAUAAAGUGACACAUGUUGAAACGUGGGCAGCUUGGCCCCCUUCCUCACCACAACACAGUUGAGCCACAAGCGUGGCGAUUUCAUACUUUUGCCUUGCCUGUCUGAGGAACAGAUGCAACAUUUUGGGGAGUACAGCGAAACAUUCUGCAAAAUGUGAAAUUAAUGCACCUGCUUCUGCUGUCAGUGGGCAUCCCAGCUCUAUAGCCUGAUGAGUUUGCAUUGAUAAAGACUGAAAAUGUAUUGGUGGUUUUCCAGUUUGCCUACACUGCAGUCUGCAUUCCAAAUUUUAUGUCAUUAUGUAAUAAAUAGUAUUAAAUAUAUUGUAUGACCAGCAUAACAGUAGAUGAGACAGCACUCUGUGAUUGGUUUAUUCUAACCUAUCUCUGUAGGCCAUCUGGAACACGCCUUGUUGUUCAGCGGAGCCCACAGAUGCAAACACAAUGUGGUGUGGAGUUGGGAUGCAGGCCCCCCGGCUGUUCGUUGUACGGAAUACUGCUCGAUCCAGAGGUGGGCUUGCCAGGAAAGACCAUGCAUCAUGUCCCUACACAAUGUAAAUCUGUAUGUACAGUGUAGUGUCUGUAUGAGCUCUUCCCUCUACAGCUACCCCCCAGAAAUCCUUGGGAUUAAAUGAACUCCCGUAAAGUCUCUUGAAUGCUGUUUUUUAUUUUUAUUUUUUUUUGUUGUUUCCAGAUUUGUUGCAGCCCUCUUGUUUUAACUUUGUUCUUUUUAUGCGUUAGGUUUCUGGGCAUACCCUGAUGUCCGCUGCUUUGAACCCAUAGUCACAGGGGCAACUGAGAACAGAACAUGUGAACUUUGCUCAAAUAGGUGAAUAAAUGGGUUUUCAAAAAGA